CUUCCAUCUUCUGUUGAGCUGGCAGUGCUCUGUUAAUGACCUAGAUAUGGCCGCUAGAACUCCCUCAAUACGAGCCCUCUCGCGGUACCUUCUCCGACCCCGGCCGUUCCUCCAUCCUCGCUGUCAGCAUCAAUCCCAGAGCAAACGAUACUCCGCAGCGGCUGCCGGCGCACGCCUCAACGGCACGGUAGAAUACGAUACAACACCGCUCCUCCAUCAUACUUCGCCAUCGGCCCUCUCGAACCCCGAACUGCCCGAAGACGUCCGCAAGGGACAGACGAAACGCAUAAACCUCUACACAGCCAUCAACGAAGCCCUACGCCAUGCCUUGCAAACAGAUGAGAGGGUGCUUGUCUUUGGAGAGGAUAUCCAGUUUGGAGGAGUGUUUAGAUGCACCAUGAAUCUUGCCGCCGACUUUGGCACCGAGCGUGUCUUCAACACACCAUUGACGGAGCAAGGUCUGGUCGGCUUUGCCAUUGGAGCUGCGAGCGAAGGCAUGAGGCCCGUGGCGGAAAUCCAGUUCGCCGACUACGUCUUCCCUGCAUUCGAUCAGAUCGUAAACGAGGCCGCCAAGUACAGGUACAGGACAGGAACGACCGGCGUCCAUUGCGGAGGAUUGGUGAUCCGAAUGCCGACAGGAGUAGUUGGACAUGGCGCGCUCUACCAUUCGCAGUCUCCAGAAGCCCUCUUCAGUCACACCCCCGGCCUCCGCGUCGUAAUCCCUCGCUCCCCAAUACAAGCAAAAGGUCUUCUGCUGUCCUCCAUUCGGGCAAACGACCCCGUCAUCUUUAUGGAGCCCAAAGUACUCUACCGCGCCGCCGUCGAGCAAGUUCCCGUAUUGCCGUACUACCUCCCUCUCGACAAGGCCGACGUCCUCAAGACGGGAACGGACGUGACUAUAAUCUCGUACGGCACACCUUUGUACACAUGUUCGGCGGCAAUUGCGGCAGCAGAGAAGGAUUUUGGAUGCAGUGUAGAGCUGAUAGACUUGAGGACAAUAUAUCCGUGGGAUAGAGCGACGGUUUUGGGAAGUGUGAGGAAGACAGGGAGAGCAAUUGUGGUGCACGAGAGUAUGAUGAAUGCAGGCGUGGGAGCAGAGGUUGCGGCUACGAUUCAGGAAAGGGCUUUCUUGAGGUUAGAGGCUCCGGUAAAGAGAGUUACGGGGUGGGCGACGCAUACAGGGUUGAUCUUCGAGAAAUUCAUUAUACCGGACGUUACGAGGGUCUACGAUGCUAUAAAGAAGACCAUUGACUACUGAUCUAUGAAUGAAUGAGUGACUACCUCCUGCUCUUUCUCUGCUUUUACGAUGUGUAAGUCUCUGAUUGGCUGAAUGAUUGAGCCUCAGCCUCGCGACUUCCUCGACUCUAACAGCCACCUCGCUCAAAGAGUCCAGCGUUACCGAUGAGGACUCCUUAUAUGCGCCGAGAAACAGAG